CCGCAGGUAGCGCAGAGUGAGGAGAACAUGUCCGCGGCGACCUUCGCGUCCUACGUAAUCGGUAAACUCUCCGGAAGUGACAGAGUGGACUCUGCAACCUCCAGCAUGGCAUCCAGGACUUCCCCGACGCCCCGCUUGACAGCCGUGUGGCGCACCAAGUCCAUCCCCUACGACGUGCCGAAGGCCGAGUCCCCAACCUUUAAGUCCGACGGCUCGCUCCUGAAAAUCCUUCGGACAAAGUCCAUGCCGUCCUUGAACCUUGAGGACGAGAUCCCAGGGCGUUCGCUCCGGCCGAUGUCGCCGCUCUCCGUCGGCUCCUCGGCGAGCAGCAGGUCGGCCUCGCCCCUGCCGAUGGUGAUGAGCAAGACGGUGAAUCCCCGCAUGGGUCGAAUCACGAUGACGCCGCCGCCCAGCCCCGCCCCCAGUACCCCCCCGCAGCGCCGGAGGUUGGCGAGGACCACCUCCGACGGCGCCCUACUGGUGAAGCGCCGCCAGAAGCGGAGCGAGUUUGAGUGCGAGUUCCCUUCCGGAGGCACGCCUUCCGUCAGAGCCCUCAAGAAUAUGUUCGACGCCAAGUCAGAUGAAUCGGUGGCCGCCGACAGGUCACCUCUGUCGCCCAAGGAAAAACUGCCGUUCGCAUCGCCGACGAAGAGCGUGAUGGUCGUCGGCCAGCUCUCGGAGGAGGAGCCUGUGGCGGCGGAACGCCAGAUGGAGAUCGUCCGUCAUGGAAGUCUCGACCUUUAUGAGAAAGCGGAAGAGAAAAAUACCGCCUCCAUAUUGCCAGAAAUUCGCAUGCCACAACGCUCUAUCAAGGAGCUUCGGAUGCGUUUUGAGCAACCCAAUAAGCUGGAGGAGACCACAACCCCCCAGACCCAUAAGCCACCAAGAGACUCGGCCAUGCAAGUGAACAUUAUUGUGGAAGAAAAGGCUUUAGUCCGUGAGGUACAGUCUGAACCGAAGCCAAAAGCCCACGCUCCUGUGAUCAAACAGCGGUCCAGGAGCGAACCGGAGAUUAUCACUAAGCGUCCACACGUUCUUGCAAGUCCUGUGUCGGUAAAGAGGCUGAAGAUGCAGUUUGAGAGUCAAGGAGUGAAAGAUUCAUUUGCAUCGCCCGCUCUCUUGCAUCCAUGUAAAGAAACCACUAAACUGAGAAAGCAUUUUGCUGUUCGUCUCAGUAGCUCGGAGUCAGAGGACGAUGUAUUUGACAUGGAUCUUCCCAGUGCUGUGAAAAAGCCAGAGCCGAUGCUGCUCGAAGCGACAGAAGCCAGUUCAGUCACUCACUCUGUGAGUAACUUGAGACAGCAAUUUGAAAAGGUCGCAUCUGCCCAGUCUUCCUCGAAGACUGUUGGGAGGGAUGAUGUUACUGUCAGGAUUCAGUGGUCGACGACACGAGACUUGCGGUCGACCUUUGAGAGCGCUGAGCAGAACAGAGAGAUCCAACAGGAAAGGCCAACACGCCCCUCUCUGUCUGAGAUCAACCCUCAGAAAACGGUUAAGAACCUCUUACAACAAUUCCAAGCUCAAACACCGGAUCCUCCUUUGGAAGAAAAAACAAACAAGUUUUCUUUCGAAGUGAGAGAGUCUACUCACUCAAGGGAAAUUUCAAAUUCAGACGUAAAGUCUUACAUCAAGUCUUACGAGGCCUCCAGCAGUCCACAGACUCGUCACAGAAGCCUUGAUGGGGAGGAGAGUGAACAUAGGGACGUAAAGUCCCCUCGGCAUGGAGUGUUCACACAACAGUCCCCUGCGCAAAGACAGAGGAGCUCAAGUAGUUCCAGUGAUAGUAGUUCGGAUAGUAAGGAACCCGAUGACCUCUUAAUAUCUAUCAAAAGAGGAAGUGCAGAAAGAGGAGAACAAAUCGAAAAUUACUGGAGGAAUAAGGAAGAAAUGCUGACGAAAAAGAGAAAAGAAAAUGAGAAAAGUUACGGUUACAGAGACAACACAGACGCUGACAGAUUGGAGAAUGAAAAACUGCUUCAGAAACGAUUAAUUCAAUCAUCACCCAGUGAGAGUGAAGAGGAAGACCAGAAUACAUCAGGGGAAGAUGAAGCCAAAUGGCAGAACAUUGAGAUUAAAAAUGAAAUCAUGCAAAUGGAGACUCUCGUCAAAGAAGCCCUGACUGAGCCUCUACAGACUAACAAGGCAGAAGACAGCCACAGUAAAAUUGACGUCCUAAUUACAGACUUCGAGAAGAACCAGGAAGAAGACAGUCGUGUGAGAAGUAGCUCAGUUGUCUUAGAAGAUCUCGGGUUCGAAUCCCCGCAUGGCAAAGUAGGACACCUCAUUGGCAAAUUUGCCAACGUGCGUGAUGUUGACUCGGACGACGACAGCAGUGACGGUGAUGGAAAAAGUGAAGGGAAAAAGAGCAGUGCCGCUCGUUCUGAAGACACGGUACCCGACACUUCAACUGGCAAAGUCAGCCAUCUCAUCGACAAGUUUGCUAAGGUGCGGACAGACAGUAUCAGCCAAGAAGACGAGGACCAAGACAAAGGUGACGAGAAGCCGAGAGAACGUUCUGAAUCGGACAUCGCCUCCCUGAUCGACAAGUUCGCCAAGAUCAACAGCCGCCGCGUCAAGAGCACGUCCACCUCGUCCGAUUCCGAUGCCGAGAAGCCUCCUGUGGCCGAGAAGGAGAAGCCUCCCGUGCCAACGAUCCCGACUAAGAACAUCCCCGGGAAAGUGCGAACCCUGAACCCUGACGAGCUUCAGUUCUUCGGCAUGGGGGGGUCCAGCGAGCCCUUCGUACGCAGUCAGAGCCUCAGGGUCAAGAAGGCAGACCCACAGCCCUUCUACCCCCGCGGAGGGUCCCUGAGGGUGAAGAGAACCGAGCCCUUGCCGGUGAUUCCCGCCGCAAAGAAGCUGCCGAGGAACUGCCGCUACCUGAAGCCCGACGAGCUUCGCUUCUUCGACAUGGGAAACAACAACAACGUGUACAGCAAUCUGACGUCUAAGUCCAGCUCGCAGAGCUCGUCCUGCGCCUCGAUUCCCACGAUGGAGAAGGAUGACACCUUCAACAAUAACAAAGCCCCAAAAGACGUCCAGUUUUUUCAGUAGCUAGCCAGGGUGUCGACAGUCCCCUACACCGCGGACACGGCCGGUCCCCUGGCGAUGAUGAUAUUGACGACGUAUUUAGGGAAAACGACGCAUUUUCCGACGAAUCGGACUCAGACGCAAGCAUUAU